UCUCCACCCCGCUGGGCCAAGGGCGCGUCAACCAGCUUGGAGGCGUCUUCAUCAAUGGGCGCCCCCUGCCCAACCACAUCCGCCAUAAGAUCGUAGAGAUGGCGCACCACGGCAUCCGGCCCUGUGUCAUCUCUCGCCAACUGCGGGUCUCUCACGGCUGCGUCUCCAAGAUCCUCUGCCGGUACCAAGAGACAGGAUCCAUCCGGCCGGGAGCCAUCGGCGGCAGCAAGCCCAGGGUUGCCACUCCAGACGUGGAGAAAAAAAUUGAGGAAUACAAGCGAGAGAAUCCUGGCAUGUUUAGCUGGGAGAUCCGAGAUCGGCUACUCAAAGACGGUCACUGUGACAGGACCACGGUCCCUUCAGGUUUAGUGAGUUCGAUUAGCCGUGUGCUCCGAAUCAAGUUCGGGAAGAAAGAGGAAGAGGAGGACCACGAGAAGAAGGAGGAAGACUGCGAGAAGAAGGCCAAGCACAGCAUCGAUGGUAUCUUGGGUGACAAAG